AGGCGGAGAUUAACCAGCUCCUCAGCCUGAUCAUCAACACCUUCUACUCCAACAAGGAGAUCUUCCUUCGCGAGCUUAUCAGCAACGCCUCCGAUGCGCUGGACAAGAUCCGGUUUGAGAGCCUCACGGACAAGAGCAAGCUCGACGCCCAGCCGGAGCUCUUCAUCCACAUCGUCCCCGACAAGGCCUCCAACACCCUCUCCAUCAUUGACAGCGGUAUUGGUAUGACCAAGUCCGAUCUGGUCAACAAUCUUGGUACUAUUGCUAGGUCCGGCACCAAGGAGUUUAUGGAGGCGCUCGCGGCCGGGGCCGAUGUAAGCAUGAUUGGCCAGUUUGGAGUGGGGUUCUACUCUGCCUAUCUUGUAGCUGAGAAGGUGGUGGUGACCACAAAGCACAAUGAUGAUGAGCAGUACGUGUGGGAGUCCCAGGCCGGUGGGUCGUUCACUGUUACGAGGGAUACCUCUGGGGAAAAGCUCGGACGGGGCACCAAGAUCACUCUUUUCCUCAAGGAGGAUCAGUUGGAGUACCUCGAGGAGCGCCGCCUCAAAGAUCUGAUCAAGAAGCAUUCUGAGUUUAUCAGCUAUCCUAUCUCCCUGUGGACUGAGAAGACCACCGAGAAGGAAAUUUCUGAUGACGAGGAUGAGGAGGAGAAGAAAGAUGCUGAAGAAGGGAAGGUUGAAGAUGUCGAUGAAGAGAAAGAAGAGAAGGAAAAGAAGAAGAAGAAGAUCAAGGAGGUGUCGCAUGAGUGGUCUUUGGUCAACAAGCAGAAGCCAAUCUGGAUGAGAAAGCCUGAAGAGAUCACCAAGGAAGAGUAUGCUGCUUUCUACAAGAGUCUAACAAAUGACUGGGAGGAACACUUGGCUGUUAAGCAUUUCUCUGUGGAGGGCCAGCUGGAGUUCAAGGCGGUGCUUUUUGUGCCUAAGAGAGCUCCUUUUGACCUCUUUGAUACCAGGAAAAAGCUCAACAACAUCAAGCUUUAUGUUCGUCGUGUCUUCAUCAUGGACAACUGUGAAGAACUAAUUCCGGAGUACUUGAGCUUUAUCAAGGGGAUUGUUGACUCUGAGGACCUUCCCCUCAACAUCUCUAGAGAGAUGCUUCAGCAGAACAAGAUCCUCAAAGUCAUCCGCAAGAACCUGGUCAAGAAGUGCAUUGAGCUCUUCUUCGAGGUUGCUGAGAACAAGGAGGACUACAACAAGUUCUACGAAGCAUUCUCAAAGAAUCUCAAGCUUGGCAUACAUGAGGACUCUGCGAACAGGACCAAGUUGGCUGAAUUGCUUAGGUACCACUCAACCAAGAGUGGGGAUGAGAUGACAAGCCUCAAGGACUAUGUUACAAGGAUGAAGGAGGGCCAGAACGACAUUUACUACAUCACGGGUGAGAGUAAAAAGGCUGUUGAGAACUCCCCAUUCCUGGAGAGGCUGAAGAAGAAGGGCUACGAGGUUCUUUACAUGGUUGAUGCAAUUGAUGAGUAUGCUGUGGGUCAGUUAAAGGAGUUCGAGGGGAAGAAGUUGGUUUCUGCAACAAAGGAGGGAUUGAAGCUUGAUGAGAGUGAGGAUGAAAAGAAGAAGAAGGAAUCCCUCAAGGAGAAAUUUGAGGGGUUGUGCAAAGUCAUCAAGGAAGUGUUGGGUGACAAGGUGGAGAAGGUUGUGGUGUCUGAUCGAGUG